AUGGAAACGCCAAUUGAGUUUACCAAUCAGCUGCGUUGUGCCUCAGGCAUGACAUGCCUAGGCGGUGGAAGCAAGUUCUGGAAAGACUGGAAAGAAGAGAAGACAUCGCCCCAUAGUGAUCACCAAACUCCUCCUCAGGGUCAAAACGAUGACAUCUUUGUCACAUUGGAACGAUGGACGGGAUCGCAGGGUGCUGAUGCCAUGCCUGCCAUGGAAGUCAAUGUGGUUGAUCUGGAGUUGAUGAUGCACUGGUGUAACUCGGCCCAUAGGGUGCUGGCUCGGAAUGAGGCCACGACGUGGAUCUGGCGACAACUGGUUCCCCAAGAAGCGUUCUCUCAUCGUUUCUUGUUGUGGGGGAUUCUGUCUGUAUCCGCGCUGCAUCUCUCGUGCUUCAAGGCAGAAGGGCAUCAAUCGAUAUAUAUCAAAAAAGCCGCAUUCCAUCAGAGUAGAGCCUUGACCCUGUUUAGAGAAACAUUACAGUCAGUCGGUUCAUGGAACGGUAAGGCUGUAUUCGCUUUCUCUUCCCUGGUUGCGAUCUAUGCGUUUGGGUCCUUAUAUAAUCAGGAAAUGUCCGACCCUAUCCAAGACAUCUACCAGAUACUCGUCCUAAUACGUGGGACUAAUCAAAUUGUCGCCCGUGUUCGCCAAACUCUAGUGGAAAGUGAUUUCGCGCCGCUGUUGCAGGUAGACGAGUAUCACAACGACAUUCCGGCUGAUACGAAAACAGCAAUUGCCAGACUACAUGCGCUGAACGAUUUGCUUCAAGAAGAACCAGAAAGCCACGCAGCAUACCGAGACGCGAUUGAUGACCUCGAAGAAAUGUUUGUCCUUUUCUAUGGCGGUGUGAACUCCAUGACGCCAAGUGGAAAAUGGGCCAUCAAACUAUCGCCGUUUCAUGUCGUUCUUUUUCAGACUGUUCAAGCUACUGGCAACUUUGAGAUCUGCUUGCAUUCAUCUAUCAUGGCUUGGGKACUUUACUACUAUACUCCCUCUACCGCUGCUGCGGGCAUCUUCAUUGCCCUGUUUGGCCUCAGCACUGUUUAUCACUUCUACCAGUUGAUGCGGACUCGGACGUGGUUUAUGAUUCCUUUCUUAAUCGGCGGUAUCCUUGAAACCGUGGGUUAUAUCGGCCGUAUACUCUCCGCAAGCCAAGCGCCCAACUAUUCAACAGGUUCAUAUGCAAUGCAGAGCGCUUUGAUCUUGAUUGCACCCGCCUUCUUCGCGGCGAGUAUCUACAUGGAGCUCGGACGAUUGAUACAAAUGCUCCGCGCGGAGAACAACUCUGUGGUUCCCGUGCGUUGGUUGACCAGGACUUUUGUUGCUGGCGAUGUGCUUUCAUUUUUGAUGCAAGCUGCCGGUGCUGGCCUCAUGGUAACGAGCUCUUCCAACCCCUCGACUGGAGAACACGUCAUCCUCGGCGGUCUAUUCGUGCAAAUCAUCUUCUUCGGCUUCUUCAUGAUCACCACAUUGAUAUUCCAAAUUCGCAUCAACAAGAACCCUACACCCGCUACAACUGGGCUGGAGAGUCUCUGGCGCAAACAUUUGUUCGCCCUGUACGUUACAAGCACACUCAUUAUGAUUCGAUCCGUCAUUCGUGUCGUCGAAUAUAUCCAAGGAUAUGAUGGAUAUCUUUUGUCUCAUGAAAUUUUCCUCUAUGUUCUCGAUGCGCUUCUGAUGUUUGUCGUGAUGGCGUUUUUCCAUUUUAUCCACCCUAGCGAAAUCAAUUGCCAAAUUGGUCGGGGUGAGAGAUUCUUCCAAAAAGGGUUUGAGGUACGCAAGAUUGAGUCUAUCUCCACAUGGGAGUUGGAGAAUCCCACUACAGCCACGAACACCGUAGCUGUUUGA